GUUCUAGCACAGCAACGACAAAUCGCCUCAAGCCCCCGCGCCUUGGUUGUCGACGAAGCUGCGCGCGACCCAUGACAGCAUACAAGACCACGACCGUCUACCUCGGGGUGCAAUGAGCGACACUCCAGCACGCAGAGGGCCCGGCGGCUUUCCUACCACACCGCAGACAUGGAAUCGCUCCCCAGGCGUGCGCAGCCCGAAUGCUGCCACGCCUAGCCGACCCAACGUACGGUCGCCGCUUCCCGACGUCCCCAGGGCUGCUUCGCAGAACUCGGGGCCUCUCAUCCCCUCCGAUAUCCUCGACCCGGCCCAACAGCGCUUCUACGUUUUCGCCAUCUACAUCGCCCUGUGGGCCUAUCGAAGUUAUGACUUCUACACACUGGCUAUCGAGGAUGACCAGUCACUAUUGCUGUGUCUCAAAUGGGUCUUCUUCGACAUGUUGUUCAUGUUCGGCAUCCCGUUGUUCGAAAUUCCCUGGUUGGAGUGGAGUAACAGCGCCGCUUUCCUGCUGUUCGUGCUACACGCGGCGCUGGAUGUCAUGCUCAUGUUCAGGAUUGGCAUACCCGUGCAGGCCUGGUUUUUGAGCUUUGUCGGCUUUCUAUGGGACAGCGAGAUGGCCAUCAGCGAGCGCAGCGUGAAGCCAGGCGCCAUCCUACACAACGCCUCUCUGAUCUUGGGAAAGCAGAUCGUCAACAUCCUACCAGAAGGAUCCGCCAUUCUGAACCCGAACAAGGAGCCAUUCUGCCUGAGCUCGUCAAUUACCCAACUGGAGAUACCCAUUCUAAUCAACCAGACCGAGCCGAUUGAGAUGGAGCUUUGGCGCAUCGACAUCGAGACCAACGUCAACGAAACCAUCACAAUCAAGAACAAGGAACUGAAGGGCAUGUUGAAGAAGGCUAGAAAAUCUACAAAGUCCGCAAGCCCAGACGAUCCGUUGAUGUUGAAAUACGUUGUGAAAAAGCCAGGUGUCUACCUUCUGCGGAAGGUCUUGGAUCACUCGAAGCUUCUGGUCCGACCACGCGCAUCCAGUCUCAUCGUAACCACCUGCCCGCAGGCUCGCGUCAAGCCUACUGGUGAAGGUCGAUGCCGUAACGAUCUGUCCAAUGUCGCACUGGAAGUCGAGGGCACGCCGCCACUCAAUAUCAAGUACCGCCUGACAGUGAACGGAAAGCCUCGAGGUGGAUCUCAAUUCCAGAACCUACAACUAGAUGAUGUCAUUUCACCACUGUCGAGACACACAUCACAGGCAUUGGUCAAGAACGGAAAGGAGGACGUUUCAUGGGCCAAGGUUCAGAAAAUCACCGUGCCUUUGAACGAAACUCUCUCUACUAGUGGCAGAUGGGAGUACGAAAUGGAAGAGGUGCAAGAUGGCCUUGGCAAUCUCGUCAACUUCCUCAACGUCGACGAUGACGACCGACCAAAGGUCAAAUAUGCAAACAUCCGCCAAUCUUUCGAAGUUCACGAGCGCCCCAAGGUCUUCCUCCAAUGCAACCCUCAGAGCCCUCUUCGGGUUGCGAAGGGAGAUGUUACUCGCCUCCCCGUACACUACGGUUCGACUGGAAAAGAACCCAUUGAAUCGGCACAUGCGAUCGAGUAUCUCUUUUCGCCAGAGGUAGAAAUCAUUGCAGACGGAUAUCAUAGCCCUAACGCCGUACUCAAGAAGCAGACGAUGAGGAGUAUUCGCGAGCAGCCUCUCAUAACAGAUGCCGGUCUUUACACGAUCAAGUCUGUGUCAACCGAUCUCUGCGAGGGCGAGGUUCUCGAACCUACAUCGUGCUUGCUCCAAAACCCACCAGAACCGAACCUGGCACUGAGCAGCGACGACAUAGUAGACAAGUGCGCUGGAAAUCCUAUCGGUCUUCAAGUGGGUCUGGACCUUGUCGGAACUCCACCAUUCACCAUCACGUACUUUGAACAGAAGGAUGGCGGUAGACGACACAGGAGGGAAUUGCAGAUUGCCACACUUCGAAGCACGAUUCCCUUCACUCCUGAGGAAGCUGGCCACUACAAAUACACGUUCGAGGUCAUUCGUGACGCGGUCUACAAAGACAGACCAUUGCGCAACCUCGAACUGCAGCAAAACGUUCGACCUUCUGCGCAAGCACGCUUCAUGCAAGGCAAAAAGCCUCAACAAGCCUGCAUUGACGAUUCGGUGGAGUUUGACGUGCGACUUUCAGGCGAGGCCCCUUGGAAACUUGAAUACGAGCUUGUCCACAACGGAAAACGUACCAAGCACACUAUCGAAACCGACGAAGAGCAUUACACUAUCAGAACAGCUAAGCUCAAGAAUGGUGGGGAAUAUGUCUUGGCUCUUACAAGUGUUAGUGAUAAGAUGGGCUGCAAGGAGUUCUUGAAGGAUGAGGAGGCCAGAGUUCGGGUUCGCCACGAGCGCCCCAAGGCCUACUUUGGACACAUUGAAGGCAAACAGGCCAUCCUGGCUCUGGAGGGCCGGGCAAUUGGACUGCCUCUUCGCUUUACUGGAGAAGGACCAUGGAGAGUCGAGUAUGAGAAUCUGGACACCAACGAGGUGAAGAAGGAGAACUUCCAGGACGCAAACUCAUUCUUGGAUGUCAACGCGCAAGGAACAUACCAGCUUCUCUCUGUUAGGGACAACGUGUGCCCUGGUUUGAUCGAGGAGAAGGCGAGCCAGUUCCAAAUCUCCUGGGUUGCCCGACCGACAAUCAGCAUUCCCGAGUCUACUGCUACAAUUCUUGACGGCGAGAAAUACGUCAAGGAAGCUGUUUGCGAAGGCGACGAAGACGCCUUUGAGGUGGCACUGCAUGGCAAUGCUCCUUUCGAUGUAUCAUACCGACAAGAAUACAAGGACAAGAAGGGCAAGACUGCCGCUGUCAGCGAGAAGGAUGUCCACACCGCCAGCGGAGCCGCGUCGAUUCGUGCCGACACUUCAAAAUCCGGUGUAUACGAGUACACCUUCAUGAAGCUCGCAGACUCUCGCUACGAUUACUCAAAGAAGCACUUCACGCCCGUCACUAUCCAGCAGACAGUCCACUCACGUCCUGGCGCCCGUUUCGACAAGCCCGGCAAGACAUACAGCUACUGCUCGCGCGAAGCAGAGGGCGAGGAAGUUAUCCCCAUCACCCUCGAGGGCAUCGCACCCUUCUACCUCGAGGUGGAGAUCAAGCACCACGGCACGCCCAAGCCCGAAAUCAGCGUACACAAAAACAUCCCCACGCCUAAAUUCGACCUCAAAAUUGAGCACCGCAAGCUCCACCUCGGCCACUCCUCCAUCUCGAUCCGCAAAGUGCGCGACGCACGCGGCUGCACCCUCAAGCCCCCCACGGGCGGACCCCGCGUCUCCAUCAGCGUGCACGACGCGCCCACGGCCACCGCCCUAGAAGACCGCACAGACUUCUGCGUCGGCGAGCGCCUGUCCUUCGCCCUCGGCGGCCAGGUCCCCUUCACAGUAUACUACACCUUCGAGGCGCAAGAGCGCAAAGCCUCAAACGCCGGGACCACAUUCCGCCGCCUCGCCGAACUGCCCGGCACCUUCACCAUCACAGGUCUCCGCGACUCCGCAUCCGAAUGCCUCGCCGCACUCGACCUGCCCAAAACUAUCCACCCCAUCCCCUCCGUUCGCCUCUCCGGCGGCCAGGUCAGCGAGGUCGAUAUCCAUGAGGGUGGGGGAACCGAUCUGGAGUUUGAGUUCUGGGGUACCCCGCCGUUUGAGUUUACGUACACGCGGAGUACGAAUGCGGGGAAGGGGAGGAAGAGUAGGGUGCUGGAGAUUCGUACGGAGAUUAGUCAUGAGCAUCGUAUGGGGAUUGCGGUGCAGGAGGAGGGCACGUAUGAGGUUGUUAGUAUUAAGGAUCGGUGGUGUAGUUUUGCGAGGAGUGUCGAGGGGGUGGAGGGGGGGAAGGGGGCGCAGAAGGUGUUGACGUAUUAG